AUGUUGUGGAUUUCUCCUCAGAGGGGUUCAAUGCUAGCGCGGAUACAUAAAAACAGACUACCACCUGUGGUUUUGUCGUCUUGUACAAUCCUUUCUUCUGCAUCUUUCUCAUCUUCCUCGUCAUCAUCUUCGACCGUUGGUGUUCGUCCCUGUAGUAGUGUGACUCAACUUGCCCCAAUGGCUCGUCUUCCUUCACAGCAAGGCCGUCAGGUCCAUGCGACUUCGACGUCGUAUGUGAACCAUGCCGCUUCAACAGAUGCCAAUUUCGAUACAGCGAAUCCUCCGUACAUUCGCAAAUACCUCCGUACCUACGGUCUGACUCCCCCGCGCGCGGAGUCCUACGAAGUUCAGAAGACACGAUGCCUGGCACAAUUGGCCUUGAAGCAAACGGCCAUUGACAAAUUCCUUUACCUGAGCACUGUUCGCAAGAACAAUGUGCAUCUAUUCUACCGCCUUGUGACCGAUCAUCUGAGGGAACUGACUCCUCUGAUCUAUACCCCAGUCGUGGGUGAAGCUUGCCAGAGAUGGUCCGAGAUCUACCAGCAACCGGAAGGUAUGUACCUAAGCUGGGAAGAUCGCGGCAAUCUUGCUGCUGUCAUUGCCAAUUGGCCCCAGCCAAAUGUGGAGAUCACAUGCAUCACCGACGGCUCCCGAAUUCUCGGCUUGGGCGACCUUGGCAUCAACGGAAUGGGCAUUCCCAUUGGUAAGUUAGCGCUCUACACUGCAUGUGCAGGUAUUCGCCCCGAGGCCACUCUGCCCUUGACUUUGGAUCUGGGCACAAGCAAUAAGACUCUCCGGGAAGAUCCGCUGUACAUGGGUAGCCGCCGUGACAAGAUUAGCCCGGAAGAAGAGCGGGAGUUUAUGGAUGAGCUGAUGGCUGCUCUUACCGAGCGCUGGCCUGGCAUUGUCAUUCAGUUUGAAGACUUCAAGAACCCCUUCCCUGCUUUGGAGCGUUACCGUGAUGUUUACACGUGCUUCAACGAUGAUAUCCAGGGUACAGGAGCUGUCAUUUUGGGUGGAGUCAUCAACGCGGUGAAACGCUCGGGCCUUCCUUGCAAGGAUCAGCGUGCUGUCUUCUUUGGCGCGGGCAGUGCCGGUGUUGGCGUUGCCAAACAGAUUGUCGCUUUCUUCAUGCGCGAGGGCAUGACGGAGGAUGAGGCCCGCUCUUGUUUCUACUUAGUUGACACCAAGGGUCUCGUCACCAAUGACCGUGGCGACAAGCUCGCCGACCACAAGGUCUACUUCGCUCGGUCAGACAAUGAUGGUCAGCAGUUCAAGACCUUGGAGGACGUUGUCGACUACGUGAAGCCCACUAUCCUCAUGGGUUUGUCGACCAUGGGUGGGGUCUUCACCCCCGAAAUCCUCCGCAAAAUGGCUGAUUGGAACACCGCUCCUAUCAUUUUCCCUCUCUCCAACCCCUCCUCCAAGUCCGAGUGUGACUACGAGAGUGCCAUCACUCACACCGAUGGUCGGGCUCUCUUCGCCUCUGGCUCUCCCUUCCAGCCCGUCUCAUUCACCAACUCCGCUGGAGAGACCCGCACCCACUACCCAGGCCAGGGCAACAACAUGUAUGUCUUCCCUGGUAUUGGCUUGGGUACCAUCCUGUCCAAGUCGGUGAAGAUCACCGACAGCAUGAUCUAUGCCUCUGGCGCGGCCCUGUCACAGGCCUUGACCGCAGAGGAGAUCGAGCGUGGUCUCCUCUAUCCUGACUUGACCCGAAUCCGCCAGGUCAGCGUUGUGGUGACUCGCAAGGUUAUCCGCGCCGCACAGGAAGACAAGGUUGAUCGUGAGACUACCCUACGCACCAUGAACGAUGAGGCACUUGAUGCCUGGAUCAAGUCCCAUAUGUACGACCCUCACAGUGAAGUUCUGGCUUUGGAGAGAGAAGUUGGUGCUCUCCUGUCUAACCUGGGUCCCUCGCUGGCUGUGAACGGCCUGUCGAGCGAAGAGAAUGCCAAGCUGUAA